GUACAGGUACUGAGGUAAAAAAGGACGAGGAUACGGUUUGUCAGUGCGGGUUUGGGGGAGCGCGAGCUCAGCAGCGUCGUUUUGUUGUCGCGAAGCCGCGGUAGAUUCAGCGGGGAGGCUGGGGGGUUUGUAGCCCAUUGUUCAAGCGCCUCCUCCGGGCUGGAGAAAGUGGGCGGAGCCGCUGCAGCGUCGCUAAAGGAGAACAGUGUGGAGCUCAGUCAUCCAAAAACGGCCUUUCAAUGGGAGAAAAGCAGGGGAGCCCGAGAAAAUGUCGGUCCCACCGCAGUAAAUUACUCGACUGGUAGAGGGAAAACAAGAAUUUUCGCUUUUUGUUGUUUUCAAGCUUGAGAAAGUUGCUGGAAGUAGUUCGAACUCCGAAAAAUACUCUUAAAAAAGCACAGAGCUCGUCUCCAACUCGCUGCUGCACGUUUUUUGGAAUUGUGUGUAUAUGGAAGAUGUCGGGGAUACCUUGGAAAAGAAGGUUCCAGGUGCUAUUUGCUGUAAGUUCAGCACUGCUGUGCCUGCAGAGUACUACUGCUGCUGCUGCUGCCUCCACUGCUGCUCUCAGUGAUGCUGACGUCCCUGUGUUUAUGGAGGAGCCGCUGUCGGUGGUGCAGAAGUUGGGUGGCAGCGUUACCCUGCGCUGCAGCGCCCGUCCCGCUCAGGCUCAGAUCAGCUGGCGUCUAAACGGGCGUGAGCUAGGUGGCGGUGGUGAGGAGGCGGAGCUCGGCCUGCUGCUGCAGCCCGGAGCUCUGAUUAUUCCCUCCCUCUCCAACUCCACUGUGGGCCGAUAUCAGUGCAUUGCCAGCACCAGCGCUGGAGCCCGCGCUAGUGUUCCCGCUAACGUCACUGCAGCCAAACUGCGAGACUUUGAGCCUGACGACCAGCAGGAGAUUGAAGUGGAUGAGGGGAACACAGCGGUGAUCGAGUGCCACCUACCAGAGAGUCAGCCAAAAGCCCAGGUCCGCUACAGCGUCAAGCAGGAAUGGCUUGAGACAUCUAAAGGGAAUUACCUCAUCAUGCCAUCAGGGAACCUGCAGAUAGCCAAUGCCACCCAGGAGGAUGAGGGGCCUUACAAGUGUGCUGCCUACAACCCAGUUACCCAGGAGGUCAAAACUUCCAGCUCUACUGAUCGACUUCGUAUACGACGUUCUACAUCAGAAGCAGCACGGAUCAUCUACCCGCCUGCAUCGCGCUCUAUGACAGUGCGAAAAGGCCACCGAUUGGUGCUGGAGUGUGUGGCCAGUGGGACCCCCACUCCACAGGUCACCUGGGCAAAAAACGGGCAUAACCUGCAGCCGCAAAACAACACUCGCUUCCUGCUCAGUAACCUGCUGAUCGACGCUGUGGGUGAGAGCGACUCGGGCACCUACGCCUGCCAUGCUCACAAUGGCAUGGGCUCGCCAGGAACAGCCACUGUGCUCUACGAUGUACAAGUGAUCGAGGCUCCUAAGGUGCGAGUGGAGCUGCAGCAGCAGGACCCUGUGUGGGGUGACACGGUGAAGUUUACCUGUCAGGUUCAAGGGAACCCCACCCCCACUGUGAUGUGGCUUCACAAUGCACAGCCCCUCAGCCCAUCCUCUCAUCAUCGUGUCUCUUCCCAGACGCUGCGUGUUCUGAAUGUGGGGCCACAGGAUGACGGGGUGUAUCAGUGCAUGGCUGAGAACUGGGUGGGCGGAGCUCAAGCUGCAGCACGACUCCUUACUGGGCCUUCAGCACCUUCUCGGCCAGGCCGGCUACCUCUCAUUCGCCCCAUGAGCCCUGAUAAGGUUUUACGGGAGCUGAUUCCAGCCCGACCUGUGGUUCCCAGUGCAGAUGUGCUUGUGGACUGCUCAGAAAUUCUGGGGAAAAUUUCUCCAGCCGAGGCUCCGGUCAUUCUUAGCCAGCCGCGCACAGGAACAGCUGACUACUACGAGCUCAUCUGGGAACCAAGGCACGAUGGUGGAGCUCCAGUGCUGGAGUACAUCAUAAAAUACAGAAAGGCUGGAGACUCUUUAGGUGAAUGGACCAUCAAGAACAUCUCUGGUUUCGAGAAUAAGCUGACUCUUGCCAGAUUACAGCCAGCCAGUCUGUAUGAAGUGGAGAUGGCCGCUAAGAACUGUGCUGGACUCGGUCAGCCUGCCAUGAUGACCUUUAGAACUGGCAAAGGUCGCAAAAGUCCAGGUGGAACAGUAGAGCGUCCCAGACAAGUGGCACCGCCACGUUUGUCUCCCCCUGAAGCUCCAGAUAGACCCACAGUAACCACAGCAUCAGAAACCUCUGCAUACGUAACCUGGAUUCCCCGCGGAAACCGAGGCUUCCCUAUUCAGUGCUUCCGUGUGGAGUAUAAGAAGCUGCGUAAGGAGGGAGGAGGGGGAGGUAGCGAGUGGGAGGUGGCGGAGGAUAACAUCGCUCCAUCUCGCCUUUCGGUGCAGAUCAAAGGCCUGGAUAAAGGGACGUCAUACAAGUUUCGUGUUUUGGCCGUAAACGUUUUGGGGGCGAGUCCUCCGAGUGCCCCCUCUAAAGCCUACACAGUGAUGGGCAGCAGCCAGACUAAUCUCCGCCCUGUCGACGGCCCUUACAUCACCUAUGCUGAAGCCAUCAAUGAGACCACCAUCAUCCUCAAGUGGACAUACUCACCAGUAAAUAACACCCCCAUCUACGGCUUCUACAUAUACUACCGACCCACUGACAGUGACAAUGACAGCGACUACAAGAGGGAUGUAGUGGAUGGUGACCGAUAUUGGCACGCCAUCACUGGUCUGCAGCCAGAAACAGCGUAUGAUAUUAAGAUGCAGUGUUACAAUGAGGGAGGAGUGAGCGAGUAUGGAAAUGUCGUCAUCUUGGAAACUAAAGCUCGACCCAACCAGAAACACACUACACCAGAGACCUCCUCUCACCCUCCGGAAACUGGAGGCCCUGUACCGCGACCCAGUGAUCUGCCCUACCUGAUCGUGGGUGUGGUAGUUCUGGGAGCUCUUGUUUUCAUCAUUGUGGCUUUCAUUCCAUUCUGUCUGUGGAGAGCCUGGGCCAAGCAGAAACAAACUUCAGAUAUGUGUUUUCCUCCUGUGGCGACUCCUCUGCCCUCCUGUCAGUACACCAUGGUGCCGUUGCAGGGCAUGGCGCUGGUAGGCCACUGCCCUCUGGACUCGCGCCUGACCCCCGGACACGCUGUCUAUGCACCUAAAGGAGAAUACACUGCCAACGGGAAACAUCACUGCCUCCCUGGACUUCAUCAGGAGAAUGCAGAUUGUGAAAUGGAGUGUGGGACACUGCUGCCGCAAAGACUUUCUAAUGGUCAUCCACAUUCCUAUCACUACUCUAACGGCAUCCCUGCCCAUGUGGAAGAGGAGGGCAGCUGUGAGCCUGAUGAUUCCUCAUUAGAGCUCCUCAGUCCACAGUCUGAACACCCUGAACACACGCAGGAGAACCACACUCUGUCUGAGACACUGCACUCAGAGGAAGAAGAGAUACCUGCAGACCUGCCACUGUUAACAACAUCAGUCAACACUGGCACCUCAGUGGCACUGCAAGAUACAACGUCACAGGAAGUCAGCACGAUCCAGCGUGAAAAUCAGCUAGAAGAGUUGGGGCCGUGGAAUGGAUGAACAAAAGAAGAUAAAAAAAAAACACAGAACAGAGACAGUAUUUAUUUUUGUAUAACAGAUCCUAUAUUUAUAUAUUUAUGCCUGUGUAAAUAGGACAGUUUUGUUAUCCUGUAUAUAUGGAUUGUUUAUAUCAAAUAAACAUGUAUUGCUAUGUUUGCUUGUCACCACCAGGACAAAGGGAAUUCCUUACACUUACAAGAAAUGAGCAAAUGGUCUUUCUGACACAAAGACAUGCAGAAAUAAUAAGCUUCCCACUUCCUAUUAUUAUCAAGCUUCUGUGGAUGUUUAGAUGUUUAAACUUGAACAGCUGAAAUUCAGCAGCAGCAGUGCUGUUGUUCAUGCUUUACAGAUAAAGUCUGUUAUCUUAGAACAGCUAUUACAACUGCUAGAAUGUGGAGAGUCUGAGCAACACAGGCUACUUAAGAUCUACGCGAAGACUGUAAAAGAAAUGCAGUAUUCAGCAGCACACCGUUUCAUGCUCAUACGUUGUGGUCUAUAGACAUUCUGCCACCUGCAGAAUCACUUGACAGAACUUAUUGGCAGGUUUUGAUUGUAUGAUUGUACGAUGUAACUGCACAACACUUUCACUGACUGAAAUGUGGCAUUAAUAAUAUUAUUGGUGGUGGCGACGGGCUUCUUGGUGCAGUGUUUUUGUACAUAUAAUCACAAAGAAAUAUGUAUUUCCUCAUUAACAAAGUAUUAACAAACAUAUGCAAUGUAUAAGCACCAUGCCUUUAGUACUAUUGACUAUGAAUAUUUGUAAUAACUAAAUGGGAAACCUGGAAUGAACACACCUACCUUAGAUUAAUACUGGUUUUUAGAAGCUUGGCUGAUUUUAAGGAGCUACCCCACACUGUUGUGACUGUUUUUUAUUUGUGAAUAUUUCAAAAGCUAUUUUAAAAUAUCAAAAUUUAAACAAUUGUUUUGUCAGUGUUCUAAAGCUAAUUUAAUGAAACGCAGGCAAGUCAUGAAUUAAGCUCCUUGAAAUCAUGUUUAGUUCUGAAGAUCAGAGUUGACAGUUUUCAGUGAACUGUCUUACACUACUGCAUCAGUAUUAGCCUUCUCACAGAGUGCUGAACUAUGAAAUAAUGAAGGAAAACAUGAAAUCUACAACUCAUUUUAGAAGUGUAUGUAGCUGAUUUGGUUACAUGACCUGAAGCACUAUUGCAUGUAAAUAAAGCUAAAGAAAUCA